AUGAAUGAUUUGCCGGAAACCAGUUGCAGCAACGACGGAGUGGAUUUAGAAACUGUGGAUUACCUCAGAGGGGUCAAGUCUUCAACGUGUUUACUAUUGCCAAUGACACCUAGCCCUACACCUUUAGACUUUAAGCAUCCACUUUCAGAAGAAGCGAAUGAAGGCCAAUUCCUAGAGGAUGAUUCUAAAAUUACUAAUUUGCAAAAUUCAGAUGUAUCCGCCGGCGAUUCUAGCUCAUCAGGUGAUUCUAAUUCCGUGGUUCAAGAUCCUGUCAGUGCUCAGCUUAUAAAUAAUAUCAGCAUGUUAGACUAUCAAACAUUAAGCAAAAAUGGUGAUCUUAUUAUAGGUCAAACCGAAGGUUGUAAAAUUAAUGGCAAUCUAAAUGUUAACAAGAGAAAAUUACCAAGCUUUGUGAAUUGGAAUUGGUUAAUUAUAAGGAAGGUUUUACUUUGGGUUGUCCUCUCUGGGCUUGUGGCUUGUUUAGGGGCUAUCAUAGCAAUGGUUAUAACAAUACCUAAAUCCUGUAAUCCGGAUUUGCCUUGGCACCAAGGAAAGGUAUUUUACGAAGUAUUUCCGGCUAGUUUUAAAGAUUCUGAUAAUGAUGGUAUUGGUGACUUAAAAGGUCUAACAAACAAAUUAAAUUACAUAAAGGAAUUAGGUUGUAUUGCAGUCAGACUUAAUUACAUUUUUGAAGCAAAAGAUUAUCCAACACAUUACAAUAACACUACUUCUUUAUUAAAAAUUGACAGAAGUCUGGGAGUUCUUAAAGAUUUUCAAGAUUUAGUGAAGGCGGUGCAUGAUAAAGGUAUGUUCAUUAUUUUAGAUAUACCAGUUUUAAGUAUGGUAGCACCUAUAACAUCUUUGAAUCCCAACUAUACUAUACUUUUUGAAAAUAAUAGUUCACUUAGUUUUAAUGAUCAAAUGUCUUCAGCUAUAGCAUUUUGGUCUCGUGUACAGAAUGUUGAUGGGUUUUAUCUAAAAAAUCUUGAAAACUUUGUUGAUGAAGUUUAUUUUGCCAAAACUCUGCAGACAUGGAAACAUAUAAUUGGUAACGGUAAAAUAUUAAUUGCUAGUGAAAAAGCAUUCGAACUUUCUAAUGGUGAUUCUCUUACAGUGUUAUUGAAUAGAAUAGAUCUUAUAGAUGUUCAUUUAAAUUUAAGUAAAGGUAUUAAAGGAUUGAAAAGUCAUAUAGAGAAAAUUGUAACUGGUACUCUUUGGGCUAAACCACAUUAUCCUUGGAUCCACUGGAAUAUAGGUAAUAUCAAUAGUGAGCGAAUAUCAACGAAACAUGUGAAUAACACUCUAGCGUUAACUGCGCUUGAAUUAGUUUUACCGGGUACAGUUAGUUUAUUUUAUGGUGAUGAAAUAGGCUUAGGUGGCUUUUCUCAAAACGAGGUUGAAGAUGAUUUCCAUGAGUUCAAAAAUAUUCAUAACAUAGUCAAAAUGACUUUUGCUGAUAAAGAUAACAAUAGUGUUGGCUUUUCACAAUGGAAUUCUAAACCAAUAACAAAACCUAAAUUUCAUUAUAUGGAAGUUAUUAAAAGAAUUAUUGAUAUAAGGUUAACGACACCAACUAUUUACUUAAGAGCUAUUUACAAAGACGGUAGUGUUCUAAAAAAUAUGGAAAUUCGUAAAACUGAAGAAAACCUAGUUGUUAUUGAACGUUGGUAUCCUCGCAGAAAUACUUGCGUUUAUGUUGCAAAUCUUGGAAAUACACCUAUAACAACAGAUUUAUCAACAAUGUUUUAUGGAGGUACUAUUGUGGCUGGAACAAACAGUUCUUUAGUUGGACAAGUUUUAUAUUUCGAUCGCGUUACAUUUCUUCCAAAUUCUGCUAUCAUUUUGAAACUUGAAAAGUAG